AUGGGGGCAAUUCCAGUGGCAGCAUCUAUUCUUGUGUCCUAUCUCUCAGCAAUCACCAUUCUGGGUUAUCCAUCCGAGGUAUACACGUACGGAUCUCAAGUAUUUCUCAUGACCUUGCUGGGCAUCGUUACCACUCCCAUUGCUAUUUUCAUCUUUGUGAAAGUUAUGUACGACUUGAAAUUGACCAGCGCCUACAAGUAUCUCGAACUUCGCUACGACUCUGUUGUGGUACGAUGGCUGGGGUCGCUGAUCUUCAUUUGUCAACUCCUCUUCAUCAGUGGCAUCGUUCUCUAUGCGCCAUCAAUCGUGAUGGAGACAAUGAUGGGGGUUCCACUUUGGAUGUCGGUCAUAGGCGUGGGCACCAUCGGCACCAUUUACACCUCUGUCGGUGGGAUUAAAGCCUUUGGACUGAUGUUUUUCAAUUUUUCAUGA